AUGGCAACUUCUUUACUAUCUCCACUCUCAGCUCCAAACCCAGAAUUGGUCUGUCCCUCUGCUGGGUUACAGAGGUCUUCCUUUCUGCCAAGCACGAAGCUCUUUCUAUCAAGCAAUUCAAGACAACCAAGGGUGAGUAAACAACAAAAAUGCUGCUAUUACAAGUCCCCUUCUGCAUCUGGUAACUCACUGAGUCAUAUUCCCAGUCAGUUUAGAGAAGAAAAUCUCAAAGAUGGAGUGAUGGAAAAUUAUAAAAAUGUACCUCAAUCUCUUUAUGGUCUUACUCCUUCACAAAUGGACAUGUUUAUGACUGAAGAUAAUCCCAUUCGUCGUCAGUCAGGAAGAGUCACGGAGGAAAGCAUUUCAUCUAGAAAGAACUAUCUGGAUCAUGGAGGGAUGUAUAGUGUAUCAAGCAUGAUGGAUCGAGGUCCUUCAAAAUAUAGUAUGAGUGUAAGCAUGUACCGUGGAGGGGGCAGAGGGUAUGGAAGACCUGAAUCUGCUCCACCGGAUUUGCCUUCUUUGCUCUUAGAUGCUCGGAUAUGCUACCUGGGAAUGCCAAUUGUACCAGCUGUCACAGAGCUUCUUGUUGCUCAAUUCAUGUAUUUGGAUUAUGAAGACCCUUCAAAACCUAUAUAUCUGUAUAUAAACUCAUCUGGGACACAGAAUGAGAAGAUGGAGACUGUUGGAUCUGAAACUGAAGCAUAUGCCAUUGCAGACACCAUGUCUUACUGCAAAUCAACUAUCUAUACCGUGAAUUGUGGCAUGGCAUAUGGUCAAGCAGCAAUGCUUCUAUCUCUUGGAGCCAAGGGUUAUCGCGCUUUGCAGCCGAACUCGUCCACAAAAUUAUAUUUGCCUAAAGUCAACAGAUCAAGUGGAGCUGCAGUAGAUAUGUGGAUCAAGGCCAAGGAAUUGGAUGCAAAUACUGAGUAUUAUGUCGAGCUGUUAGCAAAAGGAACUGGGAAGCCGAAGGAAGAACUUGUUAAAGACAUUCAGCGACCAAAAUAUCUCAAAGCUCAAGAAGCCAUAGAUUAUGGGGUUGCAGACAAGUUACUUAGCUCAAACGAUGAUGCAUUUGAGAAACGGGAUUAUGAUGCAUUGCUUGCUCAAACAAAAGCCAUGAAGGCACAAGGCGCUGGUCCAAGAGCAGCUCCAUCAGGAUUUAGGUGA